ACCUAUCUAACACAUUAAACAUGUCCCACAGAAAAUUCGAAGCCCCAAGACACGGAUCCUUAGGAUUCCUCCCAAGAAAGAGAGCCGCCAGACACCAAGGUAAGAUUAAGUCCUUCCCAAAGGACAACAAGUCUAAGCCUGUGUCUUUGACCGCCUUUUUGGGUUACAAGGCCGGUAUGACCACCGUUGUCAGAGACUUGGACAGACCAGGUUCCAAGAUGCACAAGAGAGAAGUUGUCGAAGCCGCUACCGUCGUCGACACUCCUCCUUUGGUCAUUGUUGGUGUUGUUGGAUACGUCGAAACCCCAAGAGGUUUGAGAUCCUUGACCACCGUCUGGGCUGAACACUUGUCUGAAGAAAUUAGAAGAAGAUUCUACAAGAACUGGUACAAGUCCAAGAAGAAGGCUUUCACCAAGUACUCUGGUAAAUACGCCAAGGACCCUGCCUCCAUUGAAAGAGAAUUGGCCAGAAUCAACAAGUACGCCUCUGUUGUCAGAGUUUUGGCUCACACCCAAAUCAAGAAGACUCCAUUGUCCCAAAAGAAGGCUCACUUGGCCGAAAUCCAAAUCAACGGUGGUUCCGUUGCUGACAAGGUUGCUUGGGCUCAAGAACACUUUGAAAAGACCGUUUCCGUUGACUCUGUCUUUGAAGACGGUGAAAUGAUCGAUGCCAUUGCUGUUACCAAGGGUCACGGUUUCGAAGGUGUCACCCACAGAUGGGGAACCAAGAAGUUGCCUAGAAAGACCCACAGAGGUUUGAGAAAGGUUGCUUGUAUUGGUGCCUGGCAUCCAGCUAACGUUAACUGGACUGUUGCCAGAGCCGGUCAAAACGGUUACCACCACAGAACCUCUAUCAACCACAAGGUUUACAGAGUCGGUAAGGCUGGUGAUGAAUCCAGUGGUGCCACUUCUUAUGACAGAACCGUCAAGAACAUCAACCCAAUGGGUGGAUUUGUUAGAUACGGUUUGGUCAACAACGACUUUAUUAUGGUCAAGGGUUCUAUCCCCGGUACCAGAAAGAGAAUUGUUACCUUGAGAAAGUCUUUGUACACCAACACUUCCAGAAAGGCCACUGAACCAGUGAACUUGAAAUGGAUUGAUACUGCUUCUUCCUUCGGUAAGGGUAGAUUCCAAACUCCAGCUGAAAAGCACGCCUUCAUGGGUACUUUGAAGAAGGACUUGGAAUAAAUGUUAUGUAAUAGUAGUUAGUAUUAUAAGCAUACAUUU